AUGGCGUCGCCCAUAAUGUACGAGUCUAACGAAAGUGACACGGACGAAAGUAUACCUGAAAUAGACUUAACCCUUAAACUGACUGUGCAGCCGUAUCAAUACGAGCCAGUUAAAAGACAAGAAACAACAAGACAGCCGUUUGACGAUGAAAGUGACUCGGGGCAGUCGGCACAAGGCAGCGUCCAUAGUGAUGAUGAAAUCUCUGAACAACUGCCGUCAGACAUGCACUGGUGUUCCUGUAAAAAUUGCAUUACUAUGCCAACUGCAAGAGAAUGCAAAUGUUGCCAUUUUUAUGCUGCUAUUGAGUCAAGGUUGGAAGAGAGAGGAGAGACCUGCAUCACAGAACACGAGGGUUUUGCAGCAAACUGUCUCAACAGAUGGGUUUUAGAGACAUCCUUUAAUUUAUGA